AUAUGUCUUCAGAGCAGGAGAGAGCACAGCUCGACGCUAGGGCCAAGCGCGGGGAGACCGUAGUGCCGGGAGGCACCGGCGGGAAGAGCCUGGAAGCGCAGGAGCACCUCACUCAAGGCCGGAGCAAAGGAGGGCAGACCAGGAAGGAGCAGCUCGGUGGCGAAGGCUACCACGAGAUGGGCAAGAAGGGCGGCCUCGGCACCGGCGACCAGCCCGGCGGUGAGCACGCCCAGGAAGAGGGCGUCCCAAUCGACGAGUCCAAGUUGAGGACCAGUGUAACGCCCGUAUAUGGUAAUUAA